UGUGUAGUUAGAAAACAAUCUGAAUAAUUGUAUAAAGGAUAGAAGAAUAUGGCUAAAAAGAUGGGCAACGAGAAUAAACCAACCACAGAAAAUCAGAAUAUGGCUGCAGAUAUAAGCAGCGACUUGAAUAGACAAGCAGAAGAUAAUCAGAAACAUGUGAAAAAUUUAAUUUCACAAUUAACAGCAGCAACAGGUGAGAAUACCAAGAUAAAUAAAUCAUUUCAAGACGCAAACAGACUACUUCGUGCAGAAAACAGGAGAAAGGAGGAUAUUAUAACUGAUUUGCAGGGAGAAGUUCAAAAUCUAAGAACAAAAUCGAAAGAUACAAAAAUACAAAAAGAAUUUCACAAACUGUCGGAAACUGAAGGGAAAUUGCAGAAAGCUGAAGAGACCAUUAAAUUUCUAAAGAAGGAAAACGAUGAAAAAGACAGAAACUAUUUAAAAACGAUUCAAGACCUUGAAAACAAACUGUCAGAGUCUUCUGUAGAUCCUAAGAUAGAAGAGGGGUGCUUUAUUGAUUAUCAUAAAAGUUUAGAAGAUCAAGUUAAACAUUUAACAAUAGAAAACCAAGACCAUAGAGAUCGGAUAGAUACAUUUGAAAGAAAAUGUCUGCGUCUCCAGGAACUCAACAGUACACUCGAACAAGAAAAAAACACAUUAAAACAACAGAUUGAUACUUGGGUUGCCAAGAAACACUCUACAGUACACAUUCAGAUGUAUGCUGCUGUUAACAAGGAACUUUGUGACAAGAUGAUGACUGAAUUAGAAAACAUGUUAAGCACGCAGUUUGAACUUCACGAUUCUAUAAUAGAAAUUGAGAAAUACAAGGAUCCUCCCCCAGACAGUAGAGUUCCACUGAUAGUUAUCUGUAUCAACGCAUCACGUCUUGGCACUGAUGUCAACCAAGCUUUAAGUCAUGUAAAUCGAUCCAGAACUACUGCAGUGGUUGUCUUACACCAUAAAGAAUAUCACGCCUUACCAAGACAACCGAGUGAGAAGUUGCUGAUAGGAAGCGAUUAUAAACACAUUGGAGCUAUAGUUGAUAUUGCAUAUCUGACAACAAAAGGAGUAUAUCCAUGUGAUAUGAACGAAAAAUCAUUAGAUAGACUUGUCACCUUUAUAAAGGUUAAUGCACAGUCAAAGUGA